CGGAGUUCUUAUCGGCCCUGAUUUCAAGGACCUUCAGUCUUCUUUGCGGGUGCUCUUCAGUUCUGUUCGCGCUAUACCAGUUUCUCUCUGCUUGUCCCCGUUCCCCUGCACUGAGUCAUCGCCCGCCUUUACCUCAUAAAUUUUUUUGUCCCUCCGCCCUCCGCCCGCUCUCACCGUCUUCUUUUCUCUCCUCAACUCACCACUCAAGGUCAACCUCUCAAUUCUCUUUACCCUCGAAUCCCCUUCAGUUCUGGGCGCGCGGCAGAAGGCGGGACGACGGUAGGGAUUUGUCUAGACCGAGAGUGAAGGAACAACAGUCCUCGAAGCUUCAGUGGUGCCAACGUCCACAUACCCCAUCUCCGAGUCUCUCCGCAAGCACAAUAGGAAGCAGUAGAGCGUAGAUUUGGCUCAAUUGACCUGCUAUCUCUCUGAUUUACCUGACUUUCGCCUCUUCUUGAGCAGCGCUGUGCGCAAUGGUCCUCGCCGCUCGAUGUGGGCAGGCUACGUCCGCCCUUUUGCGUCAACGAUGCCUCGCUGAAUCCCGUCGAUCUGCGCUGGCUUUGCGCUCUUUCUCUUCCCAGACAUCUACUCGCUCAACGGCUUCCACACUCCGAUUGCAGCAAAAGACGCCUUCACCAUGGCGGCCACAGCAGCUGCGCACCUUUUCCAGCGCGCUCCGCCGCCUGGCCUCAGAGUCCAGCACGGGCGACAGCCUGUUUGCUAGCGGCAUUGUCAGGCCGGGUGCCAACCUCGUCGAUGUCAAGAAGGUCCUGGUCAUUGGUAGCGGUGGCUUGAGUAUUGGACAGGCCGGAGAGUUUGACUACUCUGGUUCUCAGGCCCUCAAGGCUCUCAAGGAAGCCGGCGUUCAGUCGGUCCUAAUCAACCCGAACAUCGCCACGAUUCAGACUGACCACAAACUCGCCGAUGAGGUUUACUACCUUCCCGUUACUCCCGAGUACGUGACCUAUGUCAUCGAACGCGAGCGCCCUGACGGUAUCUUCCUGUCCUUUGGUGGCCAGACCGCCCUGAACCUCGGUGUGCAGAUGAACCGCAUGGGAACCUUUGAGCGCUAUGGUGUCAAGGUGCUCGGAACCAGCAUCAAGACGCUGGAGACCAGUGAAGACCGUGACCUUUUCGCCAAGGCCCUCAACGAGAUUAACAUUCCUAUUGCCGAGUCCAUCGCUGUCGGCACCGUCGACGAAGCAUUAAAGGCCGCUGAGGAAGUCGGCUACCCUAUCAUUGUUCGCUCCGCCUACGCUCUGGGAGGUCUUGGUUCCGGCUUUGCAAACAACCCCGAGGAGCUCAAGAACUUGGCCUCUCGCUCUUUGACCCUCUCUCCCCAGAUCUUGGUCGAAAAGUCGCUCCGUGGCUGGAAGGAGGUCGAGUACGAAGUCGUUCGCGAUGCUUCCAACAACUGCAUCACUGUUUGCAACAUGGAGAACUUUGAUCCCCUUGGUAUUCACACUGGUGACAGUAUCGUUGUUGCUCCCAGUCAGACCCUUUCUGAUGAGGAGUACCACAUGCUCCGUACCGCUGCCAUCAAGAUUGUCCGCCACCUUGGUGUUGUUGGUGAAUGUAACGUGCAGUAUGCUCUUCAGCCCGAUGGUCUCGACUACCGUGUGAUUGAGGUCAACGCUCGUCUUUCGCGUUCCUCGGCUCUGGCCUCCAAGGCUACUGGAUACCCUCUGGCUUACACUGCGGCCAAGAUUGGUCUCGGCCACACUCUCCCCGAGCUGCCCAAUGCCGUUACCAAGACUACAACUGCCAACUUUGAACCUAGCCUGGAUUAUAUCGUUACCAAGAUUCCCCGCUGGGAUUUGAGCAAGUUCCAGCACGUCAAUCGCGACAUUGGCAGUGCUAUGAAGUCUGUUGGUGAAGUCAUGGCCAUUGGUCGUACCUUUGAGGAAUCCUUCCAGAAGGCGAUCCGUCAGGUCGACCCCCGCUUCGUUGGAUUCCAGGGCGACAAGUUUGAGAACCUUGAUGAAGUCCUCAAGAACCCCACCGACCGCCGCUGGUUGGCUGUUGGUCAAGCUAUGCUGCACGAGAACUACUCUGUUGACAAGGUCCACGAGCUGACCAAGAUUGACAAGUGGUUCCUGUACAAGCUCCAGAACAUUGUCGACUGCCAGAACGAACUCAAGGAGAUCGGUAGUCUCUUCGGCGUUAACAAGGAGACAAUGCUCAAGUCGAAGAAGCUCGGUUUCUCUGACAAGCAGAUUGCUCUCCUGGUCGGCGCGACUGAGGAUGAUGUCCGUGCCCGCAGGAAGGGAUUCGGCAUUAGACCCUGGGUCAAGAAGAUUGAUACCCUUGCUGCCGAGUUCCCUGCUGACACCAACUACCUUUACACCACCUACAACGCCACAUCUCACGAUGUGACCUUUGAUGAUCACGGCACCAUCAUUCUUGGAAGCGGUGUCUACCGUAUUGGUAGCUCCGUCGAGUUCGAUUGGUGUGCUGUCAACGCCACGCUUUCCCUCCGAAACAUGGGCAAGAAGACAGUCAUGAUCAACUAUAACCCCGAAACCUACUCCACCGACUUUGAUACUGCUGAUAAGCUCUACUUUGAGGAACUCAGCUAUGAGCGAGUCAUGGAUAUCUACGAGCUCGAGGCCGCCAGCGGCGUCGUUGUUUCCGUCGGUGGCCAGCUUCCUCAGAACAUUGCUCUCCGCCUGCAGGAAACUGGUGGUGCUCACGUCCUUGGUACUGACCCCAAGGACAUUGACAACGCGGAAGACCGUCACAAGUUCUCUCAGAUUUUGGACAGCAUUGGCGUUGACCAGCCUGCCUGGAAGGAGCUCACCUCUGUUGCCGAAGCUGAGCGCUUCGCUGACAAGGUUGGCUACCCCGUCCUCGUCCGCCCCAGUUACGUUCUUUCUGGUGCCGCCAUGAGUGUUAUCCACAGCCAGGAUGAGCUCAAGGAGAAGCUUCUCAACGCCAGUGCUGUUUCCCCUGACCAUCCCGUCGUUAUUACGAAAUUCAUUGAAGGUGCUCAAGAAAUCGAUGUUGAUGCUGUCGCCUCAAACGGAAAGCUUCUGCUGCACGCCAUCAGUGAACACGUCGAGCCCGCCGGUGUCCACUCUGGCGAUGCCACUCUUGUCCUCCCUCCCGCUUCUCUCGAGAAGCCCGUGAUGAGCCGAGUCAAGGAGAUCGCUGAGAAGGUCGCCAAGGCCUGGAACAUCACUGGUCCCUUCAACAUGCAGAUCAUCAAGGCCGACCAGGAGGGUGCUGAGCCUCAGCUCAAGGUCAUUGAGUGCAACCUCCGUGCUUCCCGUUCCUUCCCCUUUGUCAGCAAGGUUCUCGGAACUAACUUCAUUGACGUUGCUACCAAGGCCCUUGUUGGCCGUGACGUUCCCGAGCCUGUCGACCUCAUGGAAGUCAAGCGUGACUACCUCGCCACCAAGGUUCCCCAGUUCUCCUGGACCCGUCUUGCUGGUGCUGAUCCAUUCCUUGGCGUCGAGAUGGCCAGUACUGGUGAGAUUGCUUGCUUUGGUAAGGACGUUGUCGAGGCCUACUGGGCCUCUCUCCAGUCCACCAUGAACUUCCGUGUUCCCGAGCCUGGUGAGGGUAUCCUCCUGGGCGGAGAUAUUACCAACCCCGCUCUCGCUCAGAUCGUCGACUACCUCCAGCCUCUGGGCUUCAAGUUCUUUGCUGCCAGCCCUGAAGUGAAGGAUCACAUCGAGACUGCUUCCAAGGACAAUGUUCCCGUCCAGGUGAUUGAGUUCCCCAAGAAGGACAAGCGUGCUCUUCGUGAGGUCUUCCAGAAGUAUGACAUCCGCGGAUGCUUCAACCUGGCCAAGACCCGGGGCAAGACCCUCCUCGACGAGGAUUACGUUAUGCGACGAAACGCCGUUGACUUUGGCGUUCCUCUCUUCAUGGAGACCAAGACUGCUACUCUCUUCGCUCAGGCCAUGAACCAGAAGCUUCCCCGCGCCGAGGGCAUCCCUGCCGAAGUCCGGACCUGGUCUGACUUUGUCGGCGGCAAGCUUCUGUAAAUUACAAAAACGGCUAAAAGUUUUCUGGAUACUAUAAUCACCCGGUGUCAUGCUCUGUUCUGUUCUCUUUUUUUCGCUUUCAGGCAGAAGCGCCGUCUUGUUUGGCGUAGCGGAUGAGACCAUCUCGAUAGACUUUGUUGCUUACCUGGCAUAUGGUUUGCCAGCGUCUCGCCUUUUGAAACGACAGCGCUGCGGUUGGAGGCAGACUGUGUACUUGAGCGAGAAAGACAUUGAACUGGAUAUUUACGAACGAUUUGAUUUUAUUGGCAACAUUGGCUGUGUAUUUAUUUGUAGUAUAUCAAUUAUAUCCAAUCUCGACUUCAAUUUGCAGAUCGUUGUUGAAUUGCGGGCUUUUUUGCCAUCCCUCAAUGGAGGAGG